GAGAUCUCCGCCCGCGUUGUUAGGUGAAGCAGUCGUCCAAGUUUCGCCUAUAGAUCUCUCGCCGGCGUCGCCUUUCUCUUCUCCUCUUCACUCCACGUCUCUCUCUCUCUCACACGCAUUAUCAUGGCGUCCAUCUCCCACGCUGCUUCGCCUUCCUACUUUCUAGGUCUCCGGUCUUCUGAGACGAAGACUCCGGCUUCUCUCGGUUCUGCUGUUCAUUUCCAGAGAGGGACUUCUUCUGCAAGGCUUCUUUCCCUUCAUAGAAGCCGCGGAGGAAGCGCUCGGUUGAGCGUUAGAUGCUCUCAAGUGGAUGGAAACGGUGCGCAAGUGAAGAAGACGACUCUUCAUGAUCUCUAUGAACAGCAGGGACAAAGUCCGUGGUACGAUAACCUAUGCCGUCCAGUCACAGACUUAAAGCCUUUGAUUGCAAGUGGUGUCAGAGGUGUCACGAGCAAUCCGACGAUUUUCCAGAAAGCUAUCUCCUCUUCAAGUGCCUAUGAUGAGCAAUUCAGGCAGCUUGUGGAAGCAGGAAAAGAUAUAGAAAGUGCAUACUGGGAACUUGUGAUAAAGGAUAUCCAGGAUGCAUGCAGGCUCUUUGAGCCAAUUUAUGACCAAACAGAUGCUGGUGAUGGUUAUGUUUCUGUUGAGGUCUCUCCUAAACUUGCCCGCGAGACAGCAGGAACAGUAGAGGCUGCAAAAUGGCUCCACAAAGUAGUUGAUCGACGCAAUGUAUACAUAAAGAUACCAGCAACCGCAGAGUGCAUUCCUUCUAUUCAGGAAGUUAUAUCCCUGGGAAUCAGUGUCAAUGUCACCCUGAUUUUCUCCAUUCCAAGAUAUGAGGCAGUAAUUGAUGCUUACUUGGAUGGCCUCGAAGCGUCUGGCUUAGAUGACUUGUCUAGAGUUACAAGUGUUGCUUCCUUCUUUGUUAGCCGAGUAGACACAAUCAUUGACAAAAUGCUUGAAAAGAUUGGUACUCCGGAAGCACUUGCUCUCCGUGGGAAGGCAGCUGUCGCUCAAGCAGCUCUGGCAUACCAGUUGUACCAAAAGAAAUUCUCAGGCCCACGAUGGGAGGCUUUGGUGAAGAAAGGAGCAAAGAAGCAGAGGUUGCUCUGGGCCUCUACCAGUGUUAAGAACCCUGCAUACCUUGAUACCUUAUAUGUUGCUCCACUCAUUGGACCCGAUACGGUGUCAACCAUGCCUGACCAAGCUCUUCAAGCAUUCCUGGACCACGGAGAAGUUUCGAGAACGAUCGACUCUAAUGUGGGAGAGGCCCAAUCUGUUUACACUAACCUAGAGAAGUUGGGCAUUGAUUGGAACGACGUUGGAUUUCAGCUGGAAGUGGAAGGAGUGAACUCUUUCAUGAAGAGCUUCGAUAGCCUGCUUGAUUCUCUGCAGGACAAGGCAAAUUCCCUCAAAUUGGUCAGCUCGUAGAUCAGGGACUUGUGCAACUUUUCCACGAAUGUUUGUUUGGUUUGUAUUCAGGAGUAUCAUUAAACCGUAGCUCUUCUUCUGUUUGUACGAGCCUGAGGUAAUUAAUUUUGUGUAGCUGUUCUGCGUGGUCUGAACAAUGUGUCCUAUUGUGGAAGGAAUAAAUAAUCUCAAAUAAUCUCUCUCUCUAA